AUGUCCUCUCGUUACAUAUUUGUAUAUUCUAAUUAUUUUUUCUUGGUUUCGCUUAUUUCUGUCUAUGAAUCCGUGUACCGUGUUAUUGAGACUUCUAAGAAAUGCAUAGAGAAUUACGAACUGUUGCCGCACAUUGAAUUGAAUAUAUCCGUUGCUGUUUAUGAACAAGUGGAUUCGGUCACAAUUCGUUUGCAAUGUUUGUAUGCUCCUGACGCUGAGGAUAUCUACUGUCAUGAUGUUCUACGGAUGAUGGAUGGAAGUCAGUGGUUAUGGCCGUGUAGAUCUAUUGUUUUCAGCAAGCGUGUUACUUUGCUUCCGUUUUAUUUCGGUUAUUCAUGUUUUCGUAUGUUCGGUCUCUCUCAAUAUAUGAUAAACGUGACAGUAUAUCCUCAAAAUUGCAGAGUAUUCGUACCCCCACUCCCAACAAGGUCUCUCUCGCUGGGAAGGAGUCCGAAUACGUCGGAUCUGGAUUGGUCUCCACUAUUAAUUGUUGACCUUAGCGAACACGAUGGAGUUUGGUUGCGCGUUGAAAGACCACCUCCAUACUAUGCUAGAAUAGUCACUAUAUCUGUAUUUGAACGUCACAAUGACGGUGUUCUUCGUUCACUUCAGACAGUCAGUAUUGUUCACCCAUCCACCGGCUUCAAAUGGCGAAAUGUUGCGAAAGGAGAGUAUGUUGCUUAUGCCCACAUUCCAAGGCAUGACUGCGUGCUCAUUUGUGAAGAGUUCCCCUCCACUCCUGUCCCUUGUCGGGCAUGUAAAUACACUGUUAUUAAUUUUACCGUGACAACUGAUCGGGCCAGUAUAUCAUGGAUGAGACUGCGUAGAAUGCGUGACUCAAGCCCGUCGAUACUAUUCGCCUUGGCUUGUGUGGUGGUUGCUUUUGCUUUAUGUGGGAUCAUCUACCUUUUGAUCUUGCGGCGCCGUGUGCGGCAAUCUCCAGUGCAAGUACAAGAAAUGGAACUUCAUGAGAAACCACUUGUUCUUCUACUUACGCCGGAUGACUGUUCGCAACAUUCAGCUGUGGUCCUUCUUCUUGGUCGCCUUCUUGAAAAGCAUCUGGGAGUCACUGUGCUUCUGGACUAUCGUGAGAUGAGCAAUUCUGGUGAGUUUAUACGUCCUUAUAACUGGAUAGUGGAUUCGCUCUGUCGUGCUUCACAUGUGCUUAUAAUCAUAUCUCCGUGUUCUGAGUUAGUGCUUAAUGGACAACAUCUACGACAACGUCGUCCAUUCCCGGAUCUUUUCGUCCCGGCGAUUAGUAUGAUUAUACGGGUUCAUAUUUCGAAAUCCUUCUCUUUCAAAUUAAAGUACAUCGUUUGUCGACUUCCAUAUUCUCCACCUACUUGUAGUCAGUUGAGCAUACUAGGAUUUCCUGAAGUUGAAAGUGAGACAACUGUUAACCUCAGCAUUGUUCGAUAUGUCCGCGUUUUCUUUUUGAGACGAGGUUACGAGGUUGCUAAUAAUAAUAGUUGUUAA